CUCUCUCUCUCUCUCUCUCUCUCUCUCUCUCUCUCUCUCUCUCUCAUCAAUUUUCCAGAUUCUCUUUGUCAUUCUCUCUCUCUCUCUAUAUAUAUAUAGUGUUCAGGUAUAUGUAUCAAUCUCUCUGUUAUUAUUAAUCGAUCUGAUCGGUCAAAGUCUCCCGAAAGUUUAAUUUUCAGGUUUUCGACGACUUAAUUGCCGGAAUUGUCAGGUUCCCGAUUUGUAUUUUCGUGGCGGUGUGUUGUUAUGAUUGAAUCGAUGGGAUUUUAGCAUUUCUAGCCGAAAGUCCAGAACUGGGGUUUUAAUUAGGAGUUUUGGGCUUUGUAUUGUUCGAUAUUUAUAUCGUUUAGUUAUGCCGCGAAGUUCAAGGCACAAAUCGCACAAGCAAAUCAAGAAGGAGGCGAAAGAGUACUCGGAGUCGGAGGAGGAUGUGAAGAUGAAGGAAAGGAAUAACAGUAAGGAAGAUGGUGCGGUUAGGGUUUCUAGGGAUUCGGUCCAUUCGGCUUCUGGUGAAAAGCGAAAGCUUGGUAGAGAGGGUAAAGAUCUAUCUGGUCAUGGGAAUGGUAAUGGUGAUGUUUCCGAAGAGUAUGUCUCGUCGAAGCGGCGGAAAGAGAAGGCGGCUGACGGAAGUCGGGGUGGCGGCAGUGGUAGGUGGAAUGGCGGUGGGGAUGAGAAGGGCGAUGGUGGGACUAAGGAGAAGGAAUUGAAAGGGGAAAGUUCGAGAAUUGAUUCAGAGAAAGGUUUGAAGGUGGGGGAAUCGAAGGUUUCAGAUGAUUCGAAGAGUAAAAGUACUAGGAGGCAUGAAAGUGGUGGAGAGAAGAAGGACCAGAAUUUGGGUUGUACAAUGGGGAAAGAGGAGAGUAAGUGUGGUACUAGAACUGACUCGAAGAGGAAGAGUGAAAAGGAUUCUGGGCGGAAAGAGCUCCAUCAGUAUAAGGAUUCGAAGGAACCGAAGGAAAAGGAGCCAAAGGAACGUGGAUCGGACAAAGAGAGGAAGGGUCAGGACAGUAAGGGUGAUGCGAAAGGGCACACAGGGAACGGAGAAGUGGUAAGGAAGCAAGGAUCGCCAUUAGCGGAUUUGACUGAAGAACGUCAGAGCAGACAAGGUAGGGAAAAUUCUGGGUGGCCUAUGCAAGAUGAAUUACAAAAUCCUGAAUUAGAGAAAGAACUUGAGAAAAGGAUACAAAGACGAAGGGAUGGCUCUAUUGAUAAAGAUAAAAAUCAGGAUAAGGUAAGAGGAAGUGAUGACAAACGAUUGUCUUCUAGGGCAGACCACACUAAGGAUGGAAGGUACAAGGACGAAAGGCACAAGGAUGGAAGUUAUGGGGAUAAGUAUCGGGAAGAUGGUGAUAUUGAUAAUAGACAAAGGGAUGAUAAGUAUCAGGAUGAUGGUGAGAGAGAUAGCAGACGGAGCAAUGUUAAAUACCGAAAAGAUAGCGAGAAAGAUAGUAGACACAGGGAUGGUAAGUAUCAGGAAGAUGGUGACAGGGAUUCUAGACGCAGGGAUGAUAAGUAUCGUGAAGGUGGCGAGAGAGACAACAGGCACAGGGACGAUAAGUAUCGUGAAGACAGUGACAGGGAGGAUAGACGGCCAGAUGAUAAAUAUCGCGCAGAUGGUGACAGAGAUAACAGACAAAGGGACAAUAAAUAUCAUGAUGAUGGUGAGAAAGAUAACAGACGCAGCGACAAUAGAUAUCGUGAAGAUGGUGAGAAAGAUGAUAGACGCAGGGAUGAUAAGUAUAGGGAAGAUGGAAACAGAGAAAAUAGAUAUAAGAAGGAGAAGCACCGAGAAGAUGAUGACAGAGACAGUAGACAUAGGGAUGGCAAAGAAGGAGAUGACAUUGACAGAGAGAAGAGACCCCGAGAUGUAAAGUUCCGAGAUGAUCUUGGCUCAAGAGAUCACACCAGUCACAAAUCAGAUGUUAAGCGUUCAAGGGAUGAGAGUAACAUUACAGAUGUUUAUCAUAGGAGAUCGAGUACACGUGAUGGUAGUCCAAGUUAUAAGGAUCGAGUCACCAGACGCAAGGAUGAUCAGGGAAGGAGAAGAGCCAAUGAUAAGGAGGAUCAUGAUGAUAUGAGAUCUACCAAAGAGCAACGUUCUGAUGCAGAAAAGAGGUCACUAAGCACUGCUAAAGUAGACUUAGUCUCUGAUAGAGGGAGGUCUAGCUCACGGAAUGGUGAUGUGGAGAUUACUCUAAAUUAUAGCAGGCGGAGGAGUUCACCUAGUUCAAGCUCUCAGGCAGCAAGAGAUAAUUACAGGCUUUCAAAGCAAGAAGAAUCAAAGUAUAGGGACUAUGCUUACGAAGAGAGAGUUCGACAUGGUCCAAUGUCUGGAAGAGAAUAUGCUAAUGCUGCUGGAGGAACUGAUAAAAUUUCUUCGAUGUGGUCAGUGGACAAACCAAUCCAGAAGGAUGACAGCCAUUUUGGUGAGUUGUCAGCUGAAAGGCAUCUGAAAUCAGAUGCCCGUGCUUCGCCCUUGUGGAUGGUGGAUAAAUCCCCUUCGUCAACAAAUGCUGAUCGCAGACACUUGAAUAGAUCCAAUGUUAGGCGAAGUCUUGAUGUUGAAGAAUUAGGGCAGAGGAGUGGUGGUUCCAAGGAUGCAAAGGACUAUUCUGGUAAGGAAGGCAGAGGAAGUCGUGAGUUGCCCAUGGAGACACUUCCAGGAGAUGAGGAUGGGGAUAAUUUAUCUGUUUCUUCAUCUUUUACUAGAAGUGGUCAAUUUUAUGGCAAUUCCAAGUCUCUUCUACCACCUCCUCCUCCUCCUCAUUCGUACAGGACAGGGGUUGACAGCCCUCUAGUUUUUGGUUCCUCAGAGGAUGGCAAUAGGGGGAAGUCAAUCAAUCGUCACAGGAGAAUCGGCGAUCCUAAUCUGGGAAGAGUGCAUGGAAGUGCUUGGAAAUGUGUCCCAAACUGGCCUUCCCCUGUGGCAAAUGGUUUCAUGCCUUUCCAACAUGGUCCACCUCCUGUUAGUUUUCAUCCAGUGAUGCAGCAGUUUCCUGUUCCACCAAUGUUUGGUGUCAGACCACCUAUGGAAUUAAAUCACACUGGGGUUCCUUACCAUAUUCCUGAUUCUGGCAGAUUUUCUGGCCCGGGCCGUCCACUUGGGUGGCGGAAUCCUGUGGAUAGCUCAUUCCCUCCUCCCUUGCAUGGAUGGGAUGCAAACAAUGCUCUCUUUGGGGAUGAAUCUCACAUUUAUGGAGGGCCAGAUUGGGACCAUAAUAGAACCCAGAUAAGCAGUCGGGAGUGGGAAGCAAGUGGAGACAUGUGGAAGGGACAGAAUACUGGUGCAAGUAUGGAGUUGCCAUCUUCCUACCAGAAAAAAGAUCAUUCAGCUCUUGGGCCGGUAGAUGAUGUUUGGGAUAUACAGUCUGGUCAGCAAGCUCAGAAUGAACAAAAUCAGCUGGACCUUCAAGCAGAGAGCAUCGACAUUAGUCAGUCCAGUGAUGCUCUUGGAAGGAUCACUCCAGAAGCUCCCAAGACUAUUUCUGAGGAGAGCCUUGGCAUUUCUAAGAUGCUAAUAAAGGAUGAUACUCCUCUUUGGCAUGUUUAUCUUUCCAAGCUUGACAUUUCCACAGAUCUUACUCAACCUGAGUUGUAUAACCAGUGUGCAAACUUGAUGGAUAAGGAUCAGAACACAAUUUCUGAUGAAAAUGAUUCUAAGAUUUUAUAUGUGCAGAAGGUUGCAGAAGCCAAAGUAAGGGCAUCAACCAAAUCUUCUAGUGCUUCACUGUUUGCUGCGAUAAAUAGUUCUGUAUUUCAGAAAGCCAUGUCCCUUUACAAGAGGCAACUUGAAGAAACCGAAGUCAGAAAUGGAGAGAAAAUAUCAUUUGCCAAUGUGGAGGACCUCAAGCGUAGCCCAACAUCUGACCAGGAGGGAUUAGUUGUCGCUUGUGAUUGGCAAGAGGCCAGUAAGGAGAAAGCUGAGAUGCCAAUCUGCUUUCAGACGCUGGAGGAGGUUCCUGCAACUGUGUAUUCGAAGCUGGAUGAACCUGUAGUAACUGAUACCCUGGAGAAAUCAGAGGAGCCUCUUUCCAAUUUGAACAAGGUGAAAAUGGAGGUGGAUCCGAGUUCAGAUCAGAAGUCAUUGGAGUUUAUGGAUGAGAAGAACUCUGUCUCCCUCAAAGAUGUUGAAGGAUCUGAUGCUCAAUCACCCGGGAGGAUAGAAGAUGUAAACAAGUCUAUCAAUUCCGGAGGCAAUCAUUCUGCCCUUAACUACAAGGAACAAAAUUUGUUUGAUACCAAGUGUGAUCCUCUUGUUUUUUCUGAUGUAUCUUCUGAUGUGUGUGGGGCAGUGAUGCCAGAGUCAAUUGAGUCUGGGUUAGUAAAUUUAAGUCGGAUACAUCAUUGCCCUGAAAGUACACAUUGAAACAAUUUAUAUUUUCGUUCAGUUUUUCUAAAUGCCAUUUUUUGCUUGAAAUCAUGCAUUCUAUGGUAUAAGCUUGUGCCUGCUGCUCAUCUUGGUUAAUCAAUAAAGCUCAAUGUUUCCAACUGUUUUUGUGUUGCCUUUUUGUUUCAAGAUUCGAAGCAUGGUCUUUGGGUUCCCUUUGGUAGGGGUCUGUAGGGCCAGCAUCCUUUGUUUGGUGACUUAUAAGGGAACUCGUUGAGAAUGCUGGCAUUUGCUUCCUAUUUUCGGAGGUCCAUCCUUCGAUUAUCAGUGGCGGUGGGAAGUAUGGCAUAAGCCAUAACAUGGGAGGGACUGACUGAUGCCCUCCUGUGGCAUCUCUGCUAGAGUCUGGUAUAUAUAUGCCUUUGACGGGAAAUAAAUUCUCAUGAAGUAUUGGAAUUCAAAUGAAUGGUUUCUGAAAUUACUAGAAAAUGUGGGUCUACCUCUUAUAUAUUACCUUAUUUUUUUGGGUAAUUCGAAAAGGUUAUUUUACCUAAUGUGUUAGGAGGCAGGAAUCAUUAUAAAAUA